AUGUCUAAGGAGGAAACAAUUAAUUUCUUAAAAGUGAUCAAAGAUGUUAGAGUACCCGAUGGAUAUGCCUCCAAUUUGUCCCGUUACGUGAACCUUAAAGCCCGUACCAUUGUUAGUAUGAAGAGUCAUGACAACCAUAUACUCAUGCAACAACUGCUGCCAAUAGCUUUGUGUGGAUCCUUGGAAAAGAAGGUUGUGAAACCUUUGAUAGAGUUGUCUGCAUUUUUUAGGGGUAUAUGUUCAAAAACAUUGACGGAAGAAGAUCUAGCCCGACAUGAAGUUGAAAUCCCUAUCAUAUUGUGCAAGCUUGAAAAACUAUUUCCUUCGGGCUUCUUUACAAUUAUGGUUCAUGUUGUCAUACAUUUGGUUCGUGAAUGUCGACUUGGUGGACCGGUACACUAUCGGUGGAUGUAUUCGGUUGAGAGGUCCCUUGGACGAUACAAAUCCCUAGUGCGCAACAGAGCUGCACCUGAGGGUUCUAUAGUGGAAGGUUACUUAGUGGAUGAAAUGAUCACAUUUUGUUCGCGGUACUUAGAGAACGCACUCACAGUCCACAAUAGGCCUCAGAGAAACCCUGAUGAGGCUAGGGGAGCGGUCAACCAAAUGGACCAAACACGUAGAACUGAGUUAGGGGAUAAGCUUGUAUGGCAUUCUAAAGGGCCAAUUGAAACAGCCUUCGAAUAUAACCGAUAUGUAGUUAACAGCAAGCUGUUUCGCACUGUGGCCCAAGAUGAAGAAAAAACAACCCAAAAUAGUGGCGUGUGUGUGCCUACAGUUGAUGGCGAUACCUAUUAUGGGAAGCUAACUCGAAUAAUAGAGGUAGAGUACUAUGACACGACUAGGUAUGUGCUAUUUAAGUGUGAUUGGGCGGACAUUAGAAAGGAUAGAAGAUGGUCGGAGGAUGAGUAUGGUAUAACACUUGUGAAUUUCAAAAACCUAAUACAUACGGGAGAUAACAUUUUGGAUGAUCCAUACGUAUUAUCUUCACAAGUAUCCCAAGUAUACUAUGUCCAUGACGACAGGAACCUAGACUGGUGUUGCAUAAUAAGGACUAAACCGAGAAACGUGUAUGAUGUUGAUGAGGGAGAAGGGAACAAUGAUGAAGAUCUCAACUACCAUGAGAGUGAGCCAUUGAACUUGAACAUUAAUCAGGAUCCAAAUGAUGUUGAUUACGGUGAAGACCUUCAUUAUGCCCGUAGCAAUAUACCUGCGAUCGAAGUAGUACAACCACAAUAA